AUGCCCGUCACCAACUUCUCACACCCUGAUCCAUACGCUUACCAGACUGGCUUCGACUCCCACCACGAGUCUGAAGCCAUUGAGGGAGCUUUGCCGAUCGGUCACAACUCUCCCCAGAAAGCUCCAUAUGGUCUAUAUGCCGAGAAAUUGUCGGGAACUGCCUUCACCGCACCCCGCCAUGAAAACAAGCAGACCUGGGUCUACCGCAUUAUCCCCGCGGCAGCACACGAGAAUUUUGUCGCCGAAGAGCAUGAUUCAUACCACACCCGCAUGACUACCGAGACCCAUAAACUACACCAUAUCCCUAACCAGCUUCGAUGGAACCCCUUCGACUUGGACGAGAAGGUCGACUGGGUCCAUGGCCUGCACUUGGUCGCUGGAGCCGGUGACCCGACCUUGAAGCAAGGAUUGGGUAUCUUACUCUACGCCGCAGGCAAGGACAUGGGCAAAGAGGCCUUCUACUCAGCCGAUGGAGAUUUCCUCAUCGUGCCGCAACACGGAGUAUUGGACAUUCAGACAGAGUUGGGCCGCAUAAUCCUGCGCCCGAAUGAGAUCUGUGUGAUUCCUCGCGGUAUCCGAUACCGUGUCACUCUCCCCGAUGGCCCUGUCCGUGGCUACAUCUGUGAGCUAUACCAAGGUCACUACCAGCUCCCCGAACUGGGUCCCAUCGGCUCCAACUGUCUUGCCAAUGCACGCGACUUCCAAGCCCCUGUUGCAGCAUUUGAUGACGAGGAAGAACCAACCGAAUAUAAGCUCUACAGCAAAUUCGCCAACUCGCUGUACUCCGCUCGCCAGGACCACACACCUUUUGAUAUCGUCGCCUGGCACGGAAAUUACUACCCCUACAAGUACGAUCUAGGCCGAUUCAACACCAUUGGCUCGAUCUCGUUUGAUCAUCCUGACCCCUCGAUCUUCACUGUCCUCACUGGUCCCUCCGACCAUGUUGGCACAGCCAUUGCAGACUUCGUCAUCUUCCCGCCUCGCUGGUUGGUUCAAGAAAAUACUUUCCGUCCACCAUGGUAUCACCGUAACACCAUGUCGGAGUUCAUGGGCUUGAUUGCUGGUAACUACGAUGCAAAGACGGGAGGCGGGUUCCAGCCUGCUGGAGCUAGCUUGCACAAUGUCAUGAGUGCGCAUGGUCCAGACGCGAGUGCAUUUGAGGGUGCUAGUAAUGCGGAGCUUAAGCCGAUGAAGGUUGGUGAUGGUAGCAUGGCAUUUAUGUUUGAGAGUGCUUUGAUGGUUGGUGUCUCUGAGUGGGGUCUGAAGACCUGCCAGAAGGUUCAGGAGGAGUACAAUGAUCACAGUUGGACACCAUUGAAGCGCCACUUUAGGAAUCCCAACAAGGCUUGA